AGAUACUUAGUGAAAUGACUGACCAUAGGAGAACGAAGAAAUCGUUCAAUUUUAGGUCUGAUAUGACUGUUAAUGACGGUGGAGCGAGAAGCAUUACCAAGCACCACUUCAGCUGUAAUGACUGUGAGAGGGCGACCGCACGUGACAAGGCCAUGCUGUCUGGCUUGGGGAUCACCCACAUUGUGAACGCUGCUGACGGGCCUCGGAGAAUCAACACCGGGGCACGGUUCUACGACGGUAUGACCGUAGAGUACCACGGGGUGGAGGCCGCUGACCAUCCAGCUUUCGACCUCAGCCCUUUCUUCCACCCAACUGCGGAGUUCAUUCGAGAGGCACUGUCCCAAAAAGGCAAGUGUGAGCGGGCAUCGAGGGGCAGGAGGGCACCUGAAGUGUUCAAGAGCAACACUUUUUUAUUUACAGAGCUCAUGAAAUGGAAGGUGCUUGUCCACUGUGCGAUGGGAGUCAGUCGCUCAGCGACCCUGGUGUUGGCCUUCCUGAUGAUCUGUGAGGACCUCACUCUGGUGGAAGCCAUCAACGCCGUCCGAAAACACAGGCACGUCUGCCCCAACGAAGGGUUCCUCAACCAGCUCCGACACCUGGACUCAACCUUAGCUCAGGAGAGGAGCAUAAAACAGGUCUCAUACGAUUCAUAA